AUGGGUCCGAAGGUAUGCUGUGUGCGCUUCAGCAACGACGGACGGUACGUGGCGACAGGAUGCAACAAGACGGCGGUACUGUACGAAGCAGAGACGGGCAAGCGCCUGGGGAUGUUUAGCAACGAGGGCGCACUUGUGACAGACUCGUACGUGCGAUCGGUGUGCUUCAGCCCGGACAGCCGAUACUUGGUAGCAGGGGCGGAGGACAAGACGAUCAAGGUGUGGGACAUACAAGGGAGGAGGCUUCGCCACUCGCUGCAGGGACACUCGAAGGACAUCUACUCGGUGGACUACUCAUCAGGGGCAGACGGGCGCUACAUCGUGUCAGGAAGCGGAGACAAGCGAGCCAAGCUGUGGGACGUGGCUUCAGGAGAGUGCAUCCUGACGUUUGGGGACGACGACGGGCCGAAGGACGGAGUGACGUCUGUGGCGGUCAGCCCGGACUGCCGGUACAUCGCGGCGGGGUCGCUAGACCGGCUCGUGAGGCUGUGGGACAUCAAGACGGGCAAGCUGAUUGACAAGUUCGACGGGCACAACGACUCGGUGUACUCGGUGUCGUUCUCGCCGGAUGUGAAGUACCUGGCCUCGGGGUCGCUGGACAAGACCUUGAAGCUGUGGGACCUUUCGGCAACCGGGAACCGGACGGUGAUGUCCAAGUGCAAGCACACGUUCCAAGGGCACAAGGACUUUGUGCUAUCGGUUGUGUUUGCGAUGAAAGGAUCGUGGCUGAUCUCCGGGUCCAAGGAUCGAUCGGUGCAGUUCUGGGACCCGCGGAGGAUCGUGGCAGGAGGGCAGGUGAGCCAGGACGAAGGGCCUGUGCUCAUCCUGCAGGGACACUUGAACUCAGUGAUCUCGGUGGCUCACUCACCGUCGUCGUUUGUGUUCGCUACAGGCAGCGGGGACAAGAGGGCGAGGAUCUGGAAGUAUCGUGAGACAUGAAGUAGUGAUGUUGGUCUGAGUAGCUUCGACGUAUCGAGGUUUUCAACCUGAGAUUUGUUGUAAUAAGAUGGACAAAUCAG